UUGUUUACAUGCCUUCAAAUGCCCUGACACACAUAAUCCCUUCAACAGGAGUGGCGUCUUCAGUUUCCAAACAAACAACGUGCAUUCCUACGGCAACCAUAUCCAUGAUAGCAGACUCGCACAGUUCAGGAUCAGUCUAUCGAAAUUCAUUACCAAUUGCUAUCGAUUCAACAAAAGAAGAAAAAUUUCUUCACAUUUAUCGUGGGGCCUUCAACAGAAGCAGUCAGCGUGCAAACAUUUUUGCCAAAUUUUUGAAAUUCUUCUAAAAGUAACUCAAAGCGUUAGACAAGCUUUAUUAUGAAGCUUAUAAAAAUAUAUUUGAGAUAUUACCCGCCAGGUAUUGCUCUUAAUUAUCGGAAACGGAAUGUUGAAGAAACCAAAAUGAUCGAUCUCUUUGAGUUAACACCAAGCUCUGAUCUACCCACACUCACGAAGAGAAUCGCCCAAACGGAACCACUGAUAACGCAGGAAGUUUUUCCGCAAGUCACAGAAAUUCUGGAAAAAUUACAGAAAAAGCUAAAGGAACCCAUCAAAACCAAAUUCUAUCUGUUCAAAACGCUCCAAACGCACAUUCUUCCGCUGACGAACGUGGCCUUCGAUAAGUCCGGCAAAAAAUGCAUAACUGGUUCGUAUGACCGAACAUGCCGGAUAUGGAACGUGGAAAGCGGAGACGAGGAAAAUGUGCUCAAAGGACAUGAAAAUGUCGUAUUUUCAGUUGCUUAUAACUACCCCAAAUGCGAUCGAAUUCUCACCGGAUCGUUCGACAAGACGGCCAAAAUCUGGAACCCCACAUCGGGAAACUGUCUCAACACGUUGUGGGGUCACACGGCGGAAAUCGUUGCGGCAGAAUUCAAUCCCAACCUCGGUGAACAAGUGGUAACGUGCAGCAUGGACAAAACUGCCCGUGUAUUCCAUGCCGAAACUGGUCAAGAAAUACAACUGCUGGGUGACCACAAGGCCGAAGUGAUUUCGGCUCGGUUCAAUAAGGAUGGGAACCUGCUGUUGACGGCAUCGUUUGACGAAACGGCGAUCGUCUGGGAUUUACGGAUGAAGGAACAUGCCAUUGUCAUCAGAGCUCACGAAGCGGAGCUGAGCAAUGCCAUUUGGAACUUCCAAUGUUCUCUUAUCGCCACCAGCUCUCUGGAUAAAACUGCCAAAAUAUGGGAUGUUCGAAACCUUGAAAGUUGUCAAGCCGUGGCAAAUCAUAAGGACGAAGUCUUGGAUGUUGCCUUCAACUGUACUGGAUCGAGGCUGGCCACUGGAAGUGCUGAUUGCACUGCUAAAGUGUGGGAUGUUACCGGAAAUUUCGAACUGGUAACCCUCAUGGCUGGCCACACCGAUGAGGUGUCUAAGGUUGCGUUUAGUCCUCCUGGAGGGCUACUACUUACGGCGUCAGCCGACAAGACAGCGCGCAUCUGGAACUCGGUUACCGGCAUAUGCACUCAAACCUUGGCCGGACACGAUGGAGAAGUGUUUUCCUGUUCGUUCAACUACUGUGGAGAUGCCAUCAUCACCGCCUCGAAAGACAACACGUGUAAGAUUUGGAGAUGAUACGACUGGUUCUCGGGGCAGGCCUUUAAAAAAGAGAAGCCAAAACCAAAGAAGUAUAACGCCAUUUAUACUCCCAGACAGGCUGAACAUUGGACAAAAUUUUUACUUAGAAAGCUAUGAAUACUGCACGGAACUUUUGGAAUGAUCUCGUCUGUCCAGCCUGAUGUUGACGUGGUACAAUUCAUUCAGCCUCUUUACGCCAAACCGGGGCUUAAAGGGACCGGCAGUAAAUGCUGAAGAAAAAAAAUCCAUCCACAAUAAGGGCAUUUCACGGUACGAUUGGUUAUUUGAAAGAAAUGUUUCAAAGUUUUAGAAUAUUUUACUGCGACAAAAAUGCAUCAAAAUAACUGAUUCACCAGUGAAACGCUAGCGUUGCGUUUUAAACAAAAGCCCGUCGUUUCAGCUCUCCCCGAAUAACAUUAGUGAUACUGAACCAUGUACUUAAGGC